AUGCCUUCGCCGCCCAACACCAAUACCUCUUCUUCGAAUUCGCCGCCUACCCAAGCACUCAGAUUAGGAAAUCGCCCGACCACCAUCCAGAGAAUUCCUUCUGGCGACCAAGUCUCAAGAGGAUUCAUAGAGGCCAUGGGUGUAGACUCAACCUACCGACCUCCGGCGGAUCGCCCUCCCAAGCCGAUUGCAUGCUUUUAUAUUCGAUUCACUGGAAAUUCGAAGCGCUCAGAGGACUACUACCGUGCAAUUUAUUUGACAGAACGCACUGUUCGAGACCUCGUGAGCCAAAUUUCCGAGAAAUAUCACAUCGAUCCGAUGCGAAUCUCAAAUAUCAUGCAUACCCAUGAGAAAGGCAUGCGAGUCAUAGUUGAUGAUGAUGUGGUCCGCCAUCUUCCAGAGGGUCAAGACAUGAUCGUCGACAUCUCCGAAACACCAGAUCCCAAUGGCAGUGCUUCUGGCACACCCGGGUCUCCCAUGGAGAUCAAAUUAACCUAUUAA